AUGGUCAACAAGAUCCUCGCGACCUUCGUGGUCGCCGAUGUGCUCUUCCUGAUCACCGGAGCCGUCACCUUGGGCUUCUCCCUCAUUGCCCGCAGCAACAUGUUUGAGCAGCCGGGCGAAGGCCAGCAGGCUGCGAGAAACUUGAUCUAUCAAAAAUUCCCAUUCGAAGCUGGUAUCGCCAAUGCAGCCUUUAUCUUCAUCACCUUUGUAAUGACACUGCCCGGCAUCAUUACCCCGACCCGUGGCUGGCUCAAACUGGCUGCCUACCUCAUUACUUUUUGCGCCCUGUUCUCCCUUUGCGUGGGUGUCUACCUCUGGGUCCUGACCCUCACCACCCAGUUUGACUUCUUCGCCAUCUGGAUCGCUCAGGAACCCGGCGUUCAGAAUCUCAUGCAGACAUCGUUCAACUGUUGCGGAUACUUUAACAGCACUUCUCCUGCCUUUGUCACCAACGAUCUUUGUAGCUCCCCAGCAGCUGCCGCUCUUCAACGCGGCUGCAGUGGUCCCGUCACCUCGUACUCCAACAUCCUCAUCGACGGCAUCUUCACUGCUGUCUUUGGCAUGGUCGGUGUUGACGCGCUUCUGAUUAUCUGCCUUGCUGUACUACUGGAGGACCGCAAGGAGCGCGAGCGCUUCCGUCACAUCGAUGAGAAGAGCGGAUACCGCAGCCUCUAG